AUGCAAAAUGUAAUUCAGUUUGUUUUUUCAAACAUAAGACAUAGAUGGUGUUUGUGGCACAUUUUGAAGAAGUUGUCUGAGAAGUUUAGAUACUACGAUAAUAAAGGAUUGAUAUUUGGAGCAAUACACAAAUUAGUAUAUGAUUCCAAGUUUAUUCAGGAAUUUGAAGAAGGCUGUAUGAGAACAGAGGUGUUGGAUUUCUUGUUCAUAAAGACUAGUUUCUGGGUAGGGAUGUUAACGACACAAAGAAGUGAAAGUAUGAAUGCAUUCUUCAAUGAGUUUGUACAUUCUAAGACAUUAUUAAACAGGUAUGAACAAGCACUGUGCAAUAAAGUUGAAGAGUUCCAAGCUAAUUUCAAGUCAUUUUUUCAAAUGUUGCCGUGUGCCACACAAUAUGAAAUGGAGCAGCAAUUUCAAUCAAUUUACACCAUUUCUAAAUCCAAAAAACCUAAGGCUGAGUUUACGGAGAAGGUUUAUUGCGACCUCAUCUCUACUUCAGAGGGAAACUUAGGGAAAACGUAUGAGUGCCAUUUGUUUGAGUUUUGGGAAAUAAUUUGUCGGCAUGCAAUUACAGUACUGAUUUGUAGUAACAUCACGUUACUUCGCGAGAGGUGCAUAAUUCGGAGAUGGAGGAAAGACGUUAGUAGAGCACACAUGAAAAUCGUAGUGAAUUAUGACAAUUUGUUUAGUAAUCCUAAACAGUUGAGAUACGAUGAUAUGUGCCGUGCUUUUGAACAGUGCAGUAAUUUUCAAAAUCAUGAUAGCGUGACUGUACGUGAUUCGAUGUCAUCGUGCACAAAGGAAGUGCCCAAGAAACUUCGGAGAAAAGGUCCUUUGGAGUUGAGUUUGAAGAAAUGCAAGGUGCAUUAA